AUGGCAUUUAUCAAGAGGAAAACAGUCAAGUUCUCAGUGGACCUUCAGGUAUGCCACAUUUCCGAUGUUCCACUGGUGAACGCUACAAUAUUCGGAAAACUACGUUUGCUGGAUGGGGGUUCCUUUGAAGAGUCGACAGAACGGGUUGAGGUGAAAAACCACAGUGCCUCGUUCAAUACACGAUUCGUCUUUUGUUGUCGAAUUCCUUGCGAUCAAAAUUCUGGGACACUGGAAAAGUGUCUGUGUAGAGUAUCCGUUAGAAAGGAACAAAAGGGUGGAAAAUCAUUCUACAAACUCGGUUUCAUCGAUAUAAACCUGUCCGAGUUUGCUGCGUCCGGCAUCGAAGGAAUGUCAAGACAAUAUCUGCUCAGUGGAUACACCACUAAUCAGAGACUAGAUAAUUCGAAAGUGUUUAUCAAAAUUGCAAUGGCACAUCAGAGUGCUGAUCCUUUCUUCCGAGUACCACGACUAUCAACAUUUGGCCCUCGCGAAGAUGGGAUGAUCGAGGAUGGAUUCCGAGCUGACGAUGACACAGACUCAGAAGAAGGAACAUCGUCACACCCCAAGCCGUCGGUGCAAGAAGCGCCUGAAAACUCGUCGGCAAUGACAUCGUCUCAAAUAGAAGAGCAGAUAAUAGAAAGGCGGAACGCUCACCAAUGCGGAAACAACCAGAAUUGCCAAGUCCGUCGGUUCAGCCAAGAUCGGUCAGCACACAAAAUUCAGCAUUCCAGAAUCGAAACUGACAACCUGGUUUCAAAAAUCAUCACCGAAUGUCGUAUAUCGGAAGACGAAACCGACGCCAACAACACGGGUUUGGUGAUAGAGAAAUUCUUGGACCAAAACGGAAAGCCGCUCGUCACUCCACGUCAACCGACAAAACGGACCAGUUAUGUCGCCGAGCAUUUCAAUGACAUGUGA